CUAAACAAAGAUUAAUUAAUUCAUUUGCUCUUUCUACAUGAAUAAAUGUGUGCUACCUAGUAAAUAUUAAUGAAACCAUGUCAAUGAAGCUCUAAGAAAUUUGUGGCACUAUGCAACAGGAAAUCCUAAAAUACUUGGAUUUUGUAAAAGGACUAAAAAGUAACAAAGUAGUAAACUUCUGCUUUCAAAAACAAGGGCCUUCCUCUGUCAGAGCUGCCCAAAUUUGCCUGCUGCAUCCAUGAAAGCUGUUCAUUCAAUGAAGGUCAAAGGUUUUGUUGUUGGUGAACCAGCUGAUGAUCUGUAAGCCUGUCGGGCUGUAUUGCUGAGCAUAACAAACUGCUGUGCAUUGCUGACGUGCGUCACAGGACCCUGGGGUUUUGCACGGGGAUUAGUCAGGCUGUAUUUGGAAACGCCCUCAACUGCACCCUAUGCUGCUAUAUCAGUGUGUCUCAAGCAAGAGGAAUUUUCUUUUGCUUCUGCAGCUGCUCCUGCAAAACCCUCUGCCUGCAUGCAAGCCCUGCAUCUCUGGACUCUGCUUGCCACCUAUGCUGUUGCAGUAGGACAAAAUCAAGGACAGAAGAAUCAGGAGUGCCCUAAGCUCAACGCACAGAUGCCAGAAUUUCAGAAGAAGACUGUCCAUAUUAAGGACCCAGCAAGAGUAGAGGAGAUUAUUUGUGGCCUCAUCAAAGGUGGAGCUGCCAAACUUCAGAUUAUUACAGAUUUUGAUAUGACAUUAAGUAGAUUUUCCUACAAUGGAAAAAGAUGUCCAACUUGUCAUAACAUCAUUGAUAACUCUAAGAUCAUCACAGAUGAAUGUCGGAAAAAGUUAUUGCAGCUGAAAGAAACCUAUUAUGCCAUUGAAAUUGAUCCAGCUCUCACCAUUGAAGAGAAAUACCCAUACAUGGUAGAAUGGUACCAUAAAUCUCAUGCACUACUCAUUGAACAAGGCUUACAGAAGGACAAGUUUGCAGAAAUUGUAAGGGAAUCUGAUGUUAUGCUGAAAGAAGGGUAUGAGAACUUCUUUGAUAAGCUCAGUGAACAUAAUAUUCCUGUGUUCAUAUUUUCUGCUGGGAUUGGCGACAUCCUUGAGGAAGUAAUCCACCAAGCUGGGGUCUACCAUUCUAAUGUCAAAGUGGUUUCCAAUUUCAUGGAUUUUGAUGAAAAUGGAAUAUUAAAAGGAUUUAAAGGAGAAUUGAUUCACGUUUACAACAAACAUGAUGGCGCCUUGAAGAACACAGAGUACUUCAAACAGCUAAAAGACAACAGCAAUAUCAUACUGUUGGGUGAUUCUCAAGGAGAUUUGAGUAUGGCAGAUGGAGUAGCAAAUGUUGAGCACAUUCUUAAGAUUGGCUAUCUCAAUGAUAAAGUAGAUGAGCUUUUGGAAAAAUACAUGGACUCUUAUGAUAUUGUCUUGGUGAAAGAUGAAUCCCUGGAAGUUGCCAACUCCAUUCUACAGAAAAUCCUAGCAGAAACUGUGCCAUCUUCCGUUCCCUGAGGAAUUGUAAUGAGAAUGUGGGAGAGCUUAGAUCUAGAUUCUCUUCCAACAGAAUUAAUAUACAUCUCAAGAAACGGUCUCUUUCCUUACAGCCUGGGGUCUGUUAUUAUAAUUCUGACUUGGUAUCUCCAGA